GUAACACGAAGUCCUGCUUUGCUUCUGCCAUGUGCACAGCGAAAGGCUGAGGUCCAAAUGAAAGACGCCUCUCUUGAAGAAGGGCGGAUUCCACCUUUGCGGAGAAACGUUGAUGGCCCAUGCGAGCCCCCUGCUCUGCAGGCUAAAGAGCACGAGAAACAGGACAUGCCCCAUUGCUUCACGCUUAUCACCACAGCUUUGAUCAACAUCUCCCCCCCUGCCGCAUUCGCCGGCGAGCCGUCCCGUCGUAACAAGCUCCGAGACCAGCGCCUGGCAUGGGAGAAAAGCGCGAAGCGCAGCGGCGCUGCGCAAAAGAAGGGGCAGAUCCUGGGCGGUUUUGUGGAGUUGUCGCGACAGCCGGAAGGCCCUUCGAGGGUCGACGUUGACCUUGAAAAGGGGGCCACUUAUGUUCGCCGGAAGCUCUACAAGGCCCGCUAUCUUUCGGAAGAGGCGAUCGAGGACUUCAGACGAAGUCUGCGGCGCUCGAAGUACAUUCGACCGCGGCCGCUGAAUUACUUUCAGCGGAACCGUGAGGCGACGUCAGCGAUUCAGCUGGGGCUCUUCCUGGUCGUUCUCAUCGCUGCCGUGCGCUGGUUUUUGAGGUUAGCGAAACGGAACCGUUGGGGCUGGGCGGAAUGGUACAAACCCGGAGCCCCCCAGAUUGGAAGCAGAGUUCGGGACCGCUCCCUCGGGGGAAGAGAAGUCUCCGUUGGGAACCAGUGGGAAUGGCCUAGCUGGCUGUGGGGGGGCGAGAAAAAGUUUCGGCGGCAGACCUUGGGGGGGGUGCGAAAGGGGGCCGGGAUAACCGAAACGGUUAAGCACGCUAACCCGCUUGAUUAUGAGGUGGAUUUAAGGAGCGAGAAGGAGCUGAGACUGGCGAGGCUGCGACAGGAAGAGCGGCGGGCGGCUCUAGAGAGGAGGCGGCAGGUGGAAGAACUGCCCGGGUGGUGGCCUCGGGAGUCGUUGUUGCCCCCGGUCAAAGUUUCUGACAGCCGAAAGGAGGUCGGACGGUUCGAGGCCCAGCAGCUGCUGCAACGGAUGGUUAACAUGCGGGUUGAGGGGCGAGAUCCAUCCCUGGAGGACAUAACCGUGCUCCACGAGACUUGCCAACUGUAUGGCGUCAGCGUGACGUUUGACGCAGCGUCAACGCAGGAGAGCUUAUACAGGGUGGCGAUCCAGCAUAAGGUGGGGCAGCUUAUGAGAGCCGCCGGGUAUGACGUCAUCGACCUCUCAAUCCGGCUGCCUGCCGCCCGUUUCGUGGGGCUUUUGUCGGGCAAUCUGGGCAUCCUUCCUCGGAGAGCCGUGGAGAUCGUCGAGUCGUCUGUCGCGGCCAAGACGAAAGCGAGCCUUACUCAGGCGUAUGCACUGAUGAAGCAAGGGCGAAUCAAGGAGCUUCGACAAGAGCUGGCGGGCCUGGCUCUCAUUCUGUCCACCUUUCCGCUGCCUCUUGAUUCGGCGAAGCUCGAGCUGGUGGGCGAUGGGCUGUCGGCUCGAAUACCGUCGGAGGAACGCGAAACACUCCUGCAGGAAGUGUGCGCCGUGAUUGGGCAGAAACUUCGUUCGCCUUCCGAAACCAGCGGCACUUCGAGUUUGGGUGGGGUUGAAGAAAUGGCGGCAAGGGCUCUGGGUUUGACGUUAUCAUAGCGACAGUCCAAGACUUGAUUCGUCCUAGAUGUUGUACCCUAAACAAAGUUGAUUUUUGGAGACUACUGCUCAAAGCAUAUUAAGAAGUGGGUUCUCGAUUGACAUAUCUAUCGGUCUUAUAAGUCUAGCAAGUGCCAUGCAUGCAUCUAGGUUGGAUUGUGGAGCCAUCUCACUUGAGCUUUAAAUGUCGUUUUCAACCAAACACGGUUACCCACGGCGGCACCAGAUCCAAGCA